AUGACGCGUUGCAACCGGAAGGUGGAUGACGAUCAGGAGUACGGACGGAAGUUGGUGGAGAACUUGCUGAAGGCGACAAGUCCCCUCCCAGGUCGCGCAGUUGGAGCAGCCACUCAGCAUGCCUACAGCUACCUCAAGGGUCCCGUCUUGGAGGGCGUGCAUGGCGUGCUUUUUCAGCGGAAGUUCUUUGACAGCAGCAUUUUUGAGUACACCGGUUUCUCCGAGUACUGCAAGCUGCACGACGACUUGUGGCUCUCCGCUCACCUGGCACGAAAAGCUCGACGGCGCGAGGCUCUGACUUCUCGUUUCGGAGCCAAGCCUUUGAGCUUUGGCUUCCGCUCGGAUGCACUAUUCCAGGGAGGAGCCGGUACCUGGGUUCUUAAUUUAAGUUGCCAUAAUAGGGAUCUAUAG